CUCUGAAGCGCGCGGAGUCUCGAGGCACGCGACGCGUCGCUACAAACGCGCACUUGACGACAACGGUCGCGCGGUGAUGCCACUCCAGGUCUGACAGAAACACUGCACAUAGCCUAAUACAUGCUCACUCGCAUCACUCCACCAUGACCAUGAAGACCUGCUUCUACACUCAGCGGUCUUAUUUUAUGCAGGAUAAUGGAGCAAGCCCAGACAUCCAGUCACCUAAUGUUGAUUUGUUUGAUUUUGCCACAGGCGAGUGUCAGUCACCUGCCACACAUGAAGUGUCGGAACACACUCUUGAGCUCAAUCGACAGCUUCAUGCCACUCUCAGGAGAAAACAAGAGGAAAUAUCCACCCUGAAGGAGACGAAUGCCCAGCUGAGAAGUCUUGCUAAACAGACUGAGCAUUACGCUAUAUUACUAGAUAUCUUGACAACUUCGUUCCAGAGAGACUCUGUGUCACAAUGUACACCUGUGAGCUCAACAGAGGAUCAUUCUUCUGAACACUCCUGGAUCUCUCUGCUCACACAGGAAGAGCCAUCGGAUCCAUCUUCCACAGCUCUAACUAACUCCACCUCUACUGACACACAAAGCCCAACAUCAGGGGUCAAGGGGCAGCUGUGGUCCAGCUGGAAUGAGCUUCUCAGUGAAGGACUUUUCUGUGAGGACACCAGCUUGAAUUGUCCGUCAGGAUCCAAGCAGCUCAGACUUGAUAAUGAACUUGUGCAGGUAGACUUGGAGCAUCUGAAGGCCCAGGUGGACCAGGAUGAACAGGCUCCUCAACAACUAAUAGACGAUUCAGUGCUGACUAAGAAUCAAAGCUUUGAGAUGUCCUCUGAAGGGUUAGCCGCACAGAGGAAGAACAUAUUUGGGGCUUUCCACGGAUUUCGGGUGGUUACGGAAACCCAAUCCAUCAAAUCUGAUCUGAACAUGAACAGUGAUGAUUGGAAAUUUGUGUGCUUCAAGACCUCAAUCAGAGACCACAGUACAGUCAAGACAAAGGUUUUCCCACAUGGAAAGGUAUUCACCUCUCACACACCAAUUGGAUCUUGUCGGUUCCUUUGGGUUCCUAAUGAGCAUUGAACAGAUACUGAACAGUAUAUGGUCCUGUUUACACCUGGUAUUAAGAUGCGUUUUGAACGAUCAGAUCUUUACUAGACAAGGGAGACACAAACUUGUUCACACCUGGUGUUUUUAUCCAUCGCUUUUGCCCACUUUCAACCACGUCUGUUCUGAUUACAUUGAAGCAAGGUCUAUGGACAAGGUGAAUGUAUCUAAUGGACGAAAUAAGCUUGCACAAUUUACAUAUAAAUGAGACCAGAGACAAUGGAAAGAAAUACUUUUGCAGCAGAGUGUGUGUUAUAAAUCAGGAAUGGUGAGAGAACAUCGUGUUUGGUACAUUUUUCGUUUUCGAACCAAACUUUAUGGGAUCUUCUAUGGGAACUAUGGGAUCUUCCCAUAAUGUUUAUGCAUUAGGUCAGUAGGCGGAGAGAAAACGGUCUUUUGUGGCUGUUUAAACACAUUCGAAUUGGUUUUCGACUACCUCUGGAAGUUGCCAAAAGUGGACAAGCUCAAAACGUUUUAGACCCCAUUUUACACCUGCAUUUAGCGUUGUCUACUUGUGAUCUGAUCGACCAAAACGUAUCUUAAUUUCAGGUCUAAACGGGACCUAAGAUUCAAAGAGUAUUCUAUUACCAGCAGCCAUAUUACCCUGAAGCCCUAGACUAAGCAGGGCUGACCCUGGUUAGCACCUUGAUGGGAGACCUUCUGGGAAAACCAGUUUGCUGCUGAAAGAAGUGUUUGUGAGGCCAGCAGGGGGCGCUCACCCGGUGGUUUGUGUGGGUCCUAACGCCCCAGUAUAGUGACGGGGACACUAUACUGUCAAAGAGCACCGUCCUUCAUGUGAGACGUUAAACUGAGGUUCUGACUCUCUGUGGUCAGAUGUCCUUCGGAAAAUAGAGUAGGUGCGUAACCCCGAUCUAAAUUAUUUCUUGUUCAAGAAGCUAUUUCACUCAGAUAUACAUAUAUCGCAACUUCUGUUUCAUGCCGACUUUCAGAGUGUAUGCUGGUUAUGUGUAGUAUGUACCUUUACGGACACAGUAUAUCCGCAAUCUUAGAAGUUUACUUGGAUGUUCUUUGACCUGCGACGUAUUAGCAAAAACAAUUUAACCACAAAGACGUUCUUAGUAUCUACAGGUACAGCAUUCACUGUUCAACUUCAACCUUAUGGGAUGCUGACUGGUUGCACACUCAAGUGUGUUC